CUAGCGUCAGCGACCAAGUUCAGCGACCAAACGCUGUUCGUUUACCGGUCGUGAGUUCAGCGACUGAUCUCAGCGACCAAACGCUAGCGAUCAGCGAUUUAAAAUUUUGGACGCUGGAAAUUUCAGCGGUGCGACCAAAAUCGUGCGAUUAGAAAUUUUUCUUUUUUCUUUUGAACACUCGAAAAAAUAAAAAAACUUAAAAAGACAAAACUACCCUAAAUACAUAACCCUAAUACAAACUCACGCCAAAAAAAAAAAUCACCAGAAACUUCUCUCUCUCUCCCCCCGAUCUAUUUCCUGCGGCCACACUUCUCUUCUCUGCUCAAGCUCUCUUUCUCUCCGAUCUAUUUCCGGCAGCCACAGAGAACCUUCUCUGCUCAAGGUUGGACAUAAAUCACAACAAGACAAGAUAAGAAGAAUGGCUGAUGAUAAAUGGACCGAUGAAGAAGUUAGGUAUUUCUUUGCUCUUUAUGCUGAUGAGAAAAAGAAAGGGAACAGACCAAGGAGUGGCAUGAAUCUAGCUGGAAGAGAGUUCAUCGUAAAUAAGUUUGAAGAGAAAUUUGGUAAGAGAUGGAUAUGGGACAGGUUUAAGAACAAGGUUGAUAUUAGUAGAAAAGCAUAUGUCAAGUUCAAGAAGCUUACCCACAAUAGAACCGGGCUUGUCUAUGAUGCUUUGGGAAGGUUGGAGAUGUCGGAUGCUUGGUGGGAUCAACGCAUUGCGGAAUGGCAAGGUGCAAGAAAGUAUAAGACCAAAGUGCCUCCAAACAUGGAUGUGUUUGAAGCAGAGUUUGGUGCUGUUACUGUAAGUGGAGCAGAAGGAUGGUGUGCUCAGCAAGGAGAAGCUAGCUUAGAUUCUAGAGUAGAUGUAGAGAAGGAUGACGAGUCUGAUUCAGUUGACACUGGGAUGCCAGCACCAAGAGAAGGAACAAGUAGAGCUGGAGGUUCAAAAAGAAAGCGUAAGGAAUUUGAUCAAGAGCCUUACGCUUGGUGAGUUCACAAGAGUAUGUCCUGCUUUGAGAAAUGAUGAUCGAUAGUGGCUAUUUUUUAAAGACUGUAUUGGAGCAUUGGAUGGAACUCAUAUCUCAGUCCGCCCUCC